AUGGCAAACGAGUAUCUCGCCCUCGGGACGUAUAGUCGUCCUGUGAACACUACGUCUGCAGACGCCCAAUGUUGGUUCGAUCGAGGCCUCCGCUGGGCGUACGCAUUUAACCACGAUGAAUCUGUCCGCUGUUUCACGAGGGCCAUUGAGUUCGAUCCUGAGUGCGCGAUGGCCCACUGGGGAAUCGCGUACGCCCGGGGGCCGAAUUACAAUAAAGCCUGGAUUCGAUUUGACAAGUCAGACCUGAAGGCUACUUGCCAUGCAACAAAAGCCGCAUUGGAAAAGGCGUGCGCACUCACUGCCGGGUCGAAAUCCGCUGAGGCUGCCUUGAUCACGGCGACAGUCUCGCGCUUCCCUCCAGGAGAUUCCAAAGACUCAUACGAUGACGUGGAUUUCAAUGCCUUGAACCUUGCCUAUGCAGACGCUAUGCGUUAUGUCUAUCAGGAGUUCCCCGACGACGUUGAUGUGAUUGCUCUCUUCUCCGAAGCACUGAUGUGUCUAAGUCCCCGUGCCUUCUGGGAUAUCGUCACUGGAGAGCCGAUUGCGAGUGGGUCUGUCGAAGCCCGCACGGUUUUGGAAAAGGGGAUGUCCUUUCCAACCUCUGAAAACUACCCACAUUUGUUCCAUCUAUAUAUUCACCUGAUGGAGAUGUCCCCGUUCCCCUUGAAGGCGCUUCCAAUGGCCGACAGUCUUCGACGUCUUGUUCCCGAGGCAUCGCAUCUCCUUCAUAUGGUGAGCCAUAUCGAUUCUACAUGCGGCGAUUACCGCCGUGCUAUUGAUACAAAUCGCGAAGCAAUGGCAGCGGAUGACAAAUAUUUCAAUAAUGGAUCACGUCCAUUUGGUAUGUAUACACUCUACCGAGCACAUAACAUAUUUGCUCUCGCAUACUCCGCUAUGAUAUCUGGUCGCCAGAAAGACGCUAUUGCAGCGGCGCAGCGUCUUUCGGAGCUUCUGACUCCAGAGCUGUUUGAGAUGACCAGUCCACCCAUGGCUGACUGGGCUGAAAGCUAUGUGGGAACGAUUGCACAUGUUCUUGUACGGUUUGGACGAUGGGAGGAAAUCCUUCAGCUUGAGAUCCCCACGCGUCAGGAUCUAUAUUGCUCUACCACCGCAGUCAUCUUUUACGCCCGCGGCAUUGCGCUUUCAGUACUUGGACGGACAGAUGAAGCAGUCACCCAGCAGCGAUAUUUUGAAAUAGCCCGCUCGUCUGUUCCCACAUCACGUCUGAACAGCCUUCCUGCUCGUCAAGUUGAUGUUCUCAAGGUAGCCGCCGCUAUGCUAGAAGGCGAAAUUCAGUACCGGAAAGGGAACUUUGGUUUGGCAUUUGCUAGUCUCCAAGAAGCGGUCAGCUGCGAGGAUGCGAUCCCGUACACAGAACCACCACCGUGGAUGCAGCCCGCAAGACAUGCCCUUGGUGCCCUUUUAUUGGAGCAAAACCAUGUCCAACAGGCAGAAGCUGUCUAUCGGGAUGACUUGGGCUUUGGAGACCUUCCUCGUCGCCGAUGUCGUAUUAACAAUGUGUGGGGAUUACAGGGCCUCCACGAGUGCUUAAUGCGGAAUGGCAAACAUGAACAAGCCCAAAUAAUUCGCUUACAGCGUGAUAUUGCGAUGGCUUCAGCUGAUGUUCACAUUGAUGUAUCUUGUCUUUGUCGUAAACGCGCAUGGUCAGAAGGCGCAGCUUGUUGCUCCGAAAACUGA